AGUGAUAUGACGCGAAGAACGUGUUCGCUAUAAUGCUAACAAACCGUGCACGCAAAGCUACCAUAAAAAUAAAUAUAGCGGUACCUGGGAGACGGCUAUCGAUGCGCUGAGACUCGGCAAACAAUAAUUAAGUCGAGGCUUGUGUCUGUGGAUUUGAGUCUCGGUGUAACUUUGGCAAACCAAGGAAGAACUGAGAGAAAAAACGAGGUUGCGUCACCAUGGCGUUAGCGUCUGCCUCCGUGGACUCAAAGGCAGAGCUGACUGCUCUGCUGGAACAGUGGGAGAGGGAGCAGCAAGGCAACACACAGGAGCUGGUCAACAUCCUCUCAAAAAUCUCAGAGCUUGUUGAAAAGGAGACAGAAGAGUACCACAAAGCAGACCCUGACCCUUUUGAUGAUCGGCAUCCUGGGAGAGCUGAUCCAGAAGGCAUGUUAGGGCACCUUCUGAAGAUCUUGUUCAAAAAUGAUGAAUUCAUGAAUACAUUGGUGAACAGCUAUGUGAUGACCAGCAGAGAAUUCUCUCUAAAUGCUGCAGCUUGUCGCCUGCUGCAGAACAUCAUGCCUGGGCUGGAGACAGCUGUGGUAUUUCAAGAAAAGGAGGGCAUCGUUGAAAGACUUUUUAAGUGGGCUCAGGAGGCUGAACAGCCUCUACGAAUCUAUGCCACAGGCCUGUUGGCGGGCGCCAUGGAGAACCAGGACAUUGCUGCCAACUACAGAGAGGAGAACUCUGUUUUGGUGCCUUUGAUGCUGCACAGGUUGCGUGAGCUUCAGGAUAAGGAUGCUGAGAACAAACGGGAAAUCAAACGACCCAGCCCCAGGAAGACUCUCAGCGAGCCUUUGCUGCCUUUAGAUGAGGAGGCUGUUGAUGGAGGCUUUGAAGACAAGCCCUUCUCGCCAUGUAAAAAUCCAGACGAAAAGGAAGCAGUGGGGCCGCAAGAAGACGCUGAAGUUCCCUUUUCAAGCGCUGAGCCCGAAAACGAACUGUCGUUCCGUUUCAGCUCGCCUCACAGGACGAGCAGCUGUGCCAGCUCAGCUGUUAAAACCAUGAUGAAGCCCAUGUCUGCCCCAGGUUCACUGACACACCCAGGCAUGUCUGAUGGCAGCGGCUACAUGCGGAGGAGGAUGGAGAGAGACAAUGCCAGAACCUCAAAACAGAAGCUGAAUUUUUCUCUGCCGGAUCCAGAAAGGAACUUAAGCGAGCUUUCCAACAGCAGCUGGUCAGAGAUGAGUCCCUGGGUUAUUGGUAACAACUACCAUCUGGACCCUUUGACUCCAGAGAUUGAGCAGAGGCUCAUCCUGCAGUAUCUCACACCUCUGGGAGAGUAUCAGGAGCUUCUGGCAGUGUUUAUGCAGAUGGGAGCCCGUGAGCUCCUCAUGCACUAUAUGGAUCUAAAACAGACCAAUGAUGUCCAGCUGACCUUUGAGGCUCUGAAAUAUUUGGCAUCUCUGCUAUUGCACAAGAAGUUCGCUGCAGAGUUUGUUGCUCAUGGAGGCGUUCAGAAAUUGCUGGAAAUCCCAAGACCUUCGAUGGCUGCAACAGGAGUGUCACUGUGCCUCUAUUACCUCGCCUAUAACCAGGACGCAAUGGAAAGGGUGUGCAUGUUGCCCCACUCCGUCUUGUCAGAUGUGGUUGGUUACACGCUGUGGCUGUUGGAGUGCUCGCAUGCAUCAGGCUGCUGCCACGCAACCAUGUUUUUCUCCAUCUCCUUUUCGUUCCGGGCCGUCCUCGAGCUUUUCGACAAGCAGGAUGGACUUAGACGCCUCGUCAAUCUGAUCAGCACACUGGAGAUCCUGAAUCCAGAGGACCAGGGAGCGCUGCUGAGUGAUGAUGAGAUUUUCUCCAGCAGGCAGAGAGCCAAGCACACCUGCAUGGCUCUGCGCAGGUACUUCGAGGCCCAUCUGGCAAUCAAGGUGGAGCAGGUGAAGCAGUCUCUGCAGCGCACAGAGGGAGGUGCCCCCAUUCACUCACAACCAUAUUAUAAGGCGGUCAGCUACAGCCGUGAACAGGUGGUGGAAAUGAUGGAGUUUCUGAUUGAAUACGGUCCACUCAGACUAUACUGGGAACCAGCAGAGGUCUUUCACAAGCUGUCUUGUGUCCAGCUUCUCCUGCAGCUCAUUUCUAUUGCAUGUGACUGGAGGACCUACUACGGCAGGAGUGAUACGGUACGAUACGCCCUGGACAUCCUGAGUAUUCUCACAGUCGUUCCAAAGACGCAGGUGUUGUUGUCUGAACCUGUUGCAGUGCUGGAUGAGGGAGGAUCCACUGUUUCUACUGUUGGUAUGAGUAUAGUCCUGGCUGUCGCAGAGGGAGAGGUCUUUGUGAACGAUGCAGAGAUCCAGAAGUCGGCUCUCCAGGUUGCCAUCAACUGUGUGUGCGCCCCGGACAAACGCAUGUCCAGCAUUGGCAAAUUUAUCGCGGGGACUCCCCGUCGCCGCCUGCCGCAGCAGACGAAGGCCAACGAGAGCGUGCUCACCAAGAUGUGGAAUGUUGUACAGUCCAAUAACGGGAUCAAGGUGCUCCUGUCCCUGCUUACUGUCAAGAUGCCCAUCACAGAUGCUGAUCAGAUCCGAGCUCUUGCCUGCAAAGCUCUGGUGGGUUUGUCUCGCUCCAGCUCUGUCAGACAAAUCAUCAGCAAGCUGCCUUUGUUCAGCAGCGGACACAUCCAGCAGCUCAUGAAAGAGCCCGUUCUCCAGGACAAACGCAGCGAACACGUCAAGUUCUGUAAGUUUGCAGCAGAGCUGAUGGAAAGGAUCUCUGGGAAGCCGUUGUUGAUCGGUACGGACGUGUCUCUGGCGUGGCUGCAGAGGGCCAACGUGGUUGCUCAGUCCAAGAUCACCUUCCCCGAGAAGGAGCUGCUGCUUCUCAUACGAAACCACCUGGUGGCUAAAGGCCUACAUGACACAGCAAACACACUCACCAAAGAGGCAGAUCUGCCCAUGACAUGCCUUUCACAUUCAUCUCACUGUUCACAUUCAGCCUCCGCUUUCCCCGCUGUUGCUGCCACCCCUGCUGCCUCCCCCGUUACUACGCUCCCCCGCACCCCACGGCUGGCCAACGGUGUGGGGUCACGACACGGAAACCAUCCCUCACACUCAUCCACCACGCCAUCCAACCAUCCACAAGCACGGCCCUCCACAUCACAGUCGGCUGGACCGCCUUCUAGCAUCAUACCGUCCACGUCUGCCUCACAUUGUAGCAACGGCUCGCCGCUGAUCGGCCGCAUCGUUUUCUCUCGUGACCGGCAGACUCCGUGCGGUGCCAUAAACUGCAAAAAGAACCGAGUGCUUCGACAGAAGUCUGAUCAUGGGGCCUUCAGCCAGAGUCCAGCCAUGAAGAAGCAGUUUGACAGACACUUACCUUCUCCUCCUGCCUUGGACAGUAUUAUCACAGAGUAUCUGAGGGAGCAGCACGCCCGCUGUAAAAACCCUGUCGCAACCUGCCCACCUUUCUCUCUUUUCACCCCCCACCAAUGCCCUGAGCCCAAACAGAGACGGCAGGCACCCAUCAAUUUCACAUCGCGGCAUUCUCGUAGAGUAAUAUAUCCAAAAUAUGGAGGCGUGGAUGGAGGAUGCUUUGACAGGCAUCUUAUAUUCAGCAGGUUCCGUCCCAUCUCCGUAUUCAGGGAGGCGGAUGAGGAUGAGAGCGGAUUCACAUGUUGUGCCUUCUCAGCUCGUGAGCGGUUCCUGAUGCUGGGAACCUGUACAGGCCAGCUCAAGCUCUACAAUGUGUUUACAGGCCAGGAGGAAGCAAGCUACAGCUGUCACAGCUCUGCAAUCACUCACCUGGAGCCAUCACGGGAUGGCUCUCUGCUCUUAACCUCAGCCUCGUGGAGUUACCCUCUUUCUGCACUGUGGGGCAUGAAAUCUGUGUUCAUUAUGAAGCAUUCCUUCCUGGGUGACCAUUAUGUGGAGUUCAGCAAGCUUUCACAAGACCGUGUCAUAGGGACAAAAGAACAUGUAGCACGCAUUUAUGACAUACAAACAGGUCAGGUUACUCUGACUCUCAACAACCCAGACCUAGCCAACAAUUACAAGAGGAACUGCGCCACCUUCAACCCAACAGACGACCUGGUCCUGAACGAUGGCGUGCUGUGGGACAUACGCACGGCUCAGGCCAUCCACAAGUUUGACAAGUUCAACAUGAACAUCAGUGGGGUGUUUCAUCCCAACGGCCAGGAGGUCAUCAUCAACACAGAAAUUUGGGACCUGCGGACUUUUCACCUCCUCCACACAGUUCCUGCUCUGGACCAGUGCAGGAUAGUCUUCAACAACAGCGGCACCGUCAUUUAUGGAGCAAUGUUGCAAGCAGAUGAUGAAGAUGAUAUGAUGGAAAUGCAAAUGAAAAGUCCAUUUGGGUCAUCGUUCAGGACCUUCAAUGCCACAGAUUACAAACCAAUUGCCACAAUUGAUGUCAAGAAGAAUAUAUUUGACCUUUGCACAGAUACAAAAGACUGCUACCUCGCUGUGAUUGAGAACCAAGACUCUGUGAACACCGACACUGUGUGCCGACUUUACGAAGUGGGGCGGCAGCGACUUGCAGAGGAAGAGGAGGAGGACGAGGAAGAUCAGGAGGAUGAUGAUCAGGAGGAAGAUGACGACGAUGACGACGACUCUGAUGACGACGUCGACACGGAUCCUCUCAUUGCCGAGCUGGAGAACGAUAACGGAGGUGAAGACGAAGAUGACGACGAUGGGAACGAUGAGUUUUCUCCUUCAGAUGAAGAGGUUGCGCGUCUUCUCGAAGAUGACGGUGAUGGUGGAGAUGACGACGAUGAAGACGGGGAUGACGACGAUGAUGACGACAACGAUGAUGAUGAUGAUGACUCUGAUAAUGAUGUUGAUCUAGACGGUGACAAUGACAGCUCGGACAACUCUGACCUUGAAGAUGACAUCAUCUUAUCCCUGAACGAGUGAGGAUGUGGGCCAUCAGCAUCUUAAGAGCAGAGAUCCAGAGGAGAUGUCACGAUUUCUUCCUCACAGACGUUUGAUCUGCAGCGGAUCAGUCCCAAAAAGAGAAAACCAGCGGGUAAUCUACUUGGAGCACUGCCAGCUUAAAACUGUACCGAACACAGUGAGAGUUUGGAAGAAUAGCAAUGCUUGUAAAUGAUAUAACUUUAUAUAGGGAAAAAAAAAAAAAACUUGAGCUGCAGGGUGAGCGAGGAGAUCCAGGUGAGGAUGUGGUGAAAGAAAACAUAAGCUCUCACAUUUAUGGCCUUUUGAUUUCAUAUGAACUUCAACACUUUGUAAACAUCUAUUUGGCCACAGGUAAGAGUUUAUAGUUGAAAGAGGUUGAAAUCCACAAGACUAGGACUCUGAAGACUGAAGCUAACUAAUCACCUAAGAAUCCUGACGUUUCCUCAAACCUUCAGGAAUCCUGCCUGCAGCUUUUAUUUUCUGCAAAUCUGUACCAUGCCACACACAGCAGUGCCAUAUCACAUGAACUCUUGAUGGUGUGAACACUGUAGUAAAAGCAUUUUUCACUCAAACAGUUUUUAUAUUCUUUUUUUUUUGUUUGUGUUUCCAAACAGUAUUUAGCACAGUGACUGAUUUUAUUAAAAGACUGUUCUAAAUUUAAAUGGUUCUCCUAAUUUUCUGGAGCAUUUAAAAUAAUACAUCUGCCACACAAUUUAGUAAAAACAAAAGGCAUGAAUGUUGCUUUUUCUUUUUUUUUUUCUUUUUUUUUUACAGUAAAAGAAAAUCUGUUAUUCUGUAUGUAUAAAAAAAAGUCUGGCACACUUUUUGUGCAUUCGUCAUAUUUUCCUCAUGCUUUUGCUUUUAGUUUGGUUUUGAAUUUUAUUUUCCAUUAGGAUACUUUUUGAGGUUCUUGAAAUUUCCUGUACAGAUUGUAUGUAUCUAAAGUAUUUUUACUACAAAUAAAGCUGCGGAAUUUUCUCUUUUGUGUA